CGCCUGCAGAUCCACUCACAUGUUUGUGUUUUUAAUUCAUGCGUAAUUCAUGUUUUUUCAUUAAUGUCUGGUUCAUACAUCAGUGUUAUUUUGAAGUUUGUAUUUGAACAAAUGUCCGUAUACGUAGCCUGACAAUCUGCUCUGCUUCAGGCAAAUCCAAAGUCGAGGCUUUUUUAAAAUUCUGAGUGGGAAAUUAGGCACAAAGUGUCUGUACAAAGUGUCUAUACAACGUUUGUCCCCUUUGGCAGUUUCUUGGUAUUUAUCCAUAUCUUAGUCCGGCUCACAGCUCUGCUGUCAGGUGAUCAUCACAAGACCCGUGGCUUAAUCCUCCCCAUUCUACAAAAGCAGGAAGAGAAAUUAGAGGCUUUCUCUUGAUGUGCAUGUAACCAACUGGAACACAGCGUUAUUUGGCUCUAAGUGCUGUUUACACAGAUGUUGACGUUAUCGCUAAAUUUAAUUUGAAGGUACACAGCGGGGGGCCGUGGCUGAGGGAGAUUCCACACUCCUCUGGGGGAACUAAUUGGCGGUUUAACUGCAGAAAGUUGAUCUCCGAACUGAUUCGUUUCACCGCCGACCGGAGGAAACAAACAGGUGGAACAUGAGGCGCGUGCUGGCGCUCGGUGCGCUUUGUCUCCUCGCCUGGCCGGAACCCGCCGGGGCUCAGUUUCCCCGCGUGUGCUGCACCGUGGACGGGAUCCUGUCCAAGCGGUGCUGCCCGGCUCUGGGCGCCGAUCCGGCCGACGUGUGCGGGGUCCUGUCGGGCAGAGGGAGCUGCUCCGCCGUCCGCGUCGACACCAAACCCUGGAGCGGACCCUACAGCCUGAGAAACGUCGACGACCGGGAGCGGUGGCCCACCAAGUUCUUCAACCAGACCUGCAGGUGCACAGGUAAUUUCGCCGGCUACAACUGUGGUCAGUGCAAGUUCGGCUGGACCGGGACCGACUGCGACCAGAGGAGAGCGCCCGUGGUGCGGAAGAACAUUCACGCCCUGACGCCAGCGGAGCUCCAGGAGUUCCUGAGCGUUCUGGACCGGGCCAAAACCACCAUUCACCCGGACUAUGUCAUUGCCACGCAGCACUGGCUGGGGCUCCUGGGUCCCAACGGAACCAGCCCUCAGAUCGCCAACAUCUCCAUCUACGACUUCUUUGUGUGGCAACAUUACUACUCAGUCCGAGACACUCUGCUGGGUCCAGGUCGUCCAUUCAAAGCCAUUGAUUUCUCCCACAAAGGGCCGGCCUUCAUCACCUGGCACAGGUAUCACCUCCUGAGCCUGGAGAGAGAGCUGCAGAGGCUGACUGGCAACGAGAACUUCGCCAUCCCUUACUGGAACUUCGCCACGGGGCAGCGGGAGUGUGACGUGUGCACCGACUCCCUGCUGGGCGGCCGAAACCCAGACAACCCCUCGCUGAUCAGCAGCCAGUCCAGGUUCUCCAGAUGGGGGGUGGUGUGUAACAGUCUGGACGACUACAACCGCCUGGUGACGCUCUGCAACGGCACCAAUGAGGGGUUCAUUCAAAGGGGCGCGAUAGAGAGCAGCAGCAUGUCCAUGCCCACCAUGAACGACGUGAGAAGCUGCCUCGGCAUCAGGAACUUUGACAGCCCUCCCUAUUUUACCAACUCCUCCUUUAGUUUCAGAAACGCUCUGGAAGGAUAUGAAAAGCCGGACGGAGAACUGGACGACUCGGUCAACAACCUCCACAACCUGGUCCACUCCAUGCUCAACGGAACCAGCGCCCUGUCCCACUCCGCUGCCAACGACCCCAUCUUUCUGGUGCGAUCGGGCACUUUCCUCACUUUGUGCCACUUUGGAGUCGUUCCCUUCUUAAAAAACUCACAACUUCCUCUUUGCUUUGCUUCGCAGGUGCUUCACGCGUUCACCGACGCCAUUUUUGACGAAUGGAUGAGGAGGUUUGUUCCGUCCAACGCCACCUUCCCAGAUGAGAUGGCCCCGAUCGGUCACAACAGGAACUACAACAUGGUUCCCUUCUUCCCACCCGUCACCAAUGAGGAGCUGUAUAUUAGGUCUGAGCAGCUGGGAUACUCCUACGCCAUUUCACUUGAUGAUGCCGACGGUGGGCCGUCCGUGUUCGUGCUGGGCUCCACUCUGGGGGGGGUCUUCGUCGGGCUCCUGGUGCUGCUUCUUAUCUUCGUGCUCUACCUGCGUCAGCGGAGAAACAGAGGCUUUGAGCCCCUGAUAAAAGCCGACUUCACCAAUAGGAAGUACACAGACGAAGCCUAGGUUUCACCAACACAUUCGCUCAAUCAGGCAAGCGAAUCCUGUACAGUCAAGCAAUGAGGUGUCCACGUCCUCAUUAUUAAUUUACACAAAGAAUCAUCGGAAUAAAUAGUGAGCGUCGUGUGAAAUCAAAAUAAAUGUUUACUUAAACUGAGGUUAUA